AUGGAUGAGAAUAAUGGUAAAGAAUGCAAGGAAAUGAUGGGUACUCCAGAGAAGGGCAAGAACAAUCAGAUGACAACAUCAGUUAGCAGCAAAAUUGAGGACUCGCCGGUCUUUAGUUUUCUCAACAGCCUAUCACCGAUCAAGCCCGUUAAAUCCGCACCGUUCACUCAGACGAUCAACCCUCUUACUUUCGCAUCCUUUCCGGCCGUGUUCACUUCACCACAUGCUGCUACCUCUCUCAAGGAGUGCAGAUUUAUUCCUAGACAUCAACAUCCGGAUCCAUCGAAACCCGAGUUCUCUUCCGAUGAUGGAAACACAAACAAAUCGAACUUUGGAUCCAAUGAGAUUUUGUACGAUCAGAAGGAAAAUCUUGAUCCGAUGAUAACAUCGGAUCACAUGACAGCUAAUCACGAGGUGUCUUAUGAAUGGCCGAAGCAAAUAGUCGAGUUUGCCAAGAGUCUCAAAUAUGAUAACGAUAUCUCGAAUCCCAACUCGAACCAUCCUAAAGUUCCGUUAAGCGACUCACAAGUGAAUUUGGAGGGCAUAACGCAAAUUGUGGACCGAACCAAAGAUGGUGACAUGUCAUCGUGCGAUUGGGAGGGCUUAAUUUCUGACCCGUCUGAUCUAUUAAAACCGGAGCCCGCCAAGAAAUCAGUCGACCCUGCAUUGAGUUUCUACACAAGCAUCAAGCAUGCCAUUCAGAAUACGCUGUCCCGGGAGAGAGAAAGCUUGUAUGCUAGGCCUGUGGAAGAAUGUGAGAUGAUGGAGACUGAUUCUAAUCGGGACCUUGUUGGCAUAAAUGGCGGUUCUUUCAUUACGAAUCCUUGUGAAAAUGUGGAGUAUCAGCUCCCUGGCUUGUACCGUGGUGUUAAAAGGCGCUGUCUCGUUUACGACAUAGCUGGGGCCCGUGUAAAAAAUGCAGCAAAUAUUAAUUCUUCUUCUUCCUCACAACACGCAUUACCUGGGAUUGGCUUGCAUUUGAAUGUUCUAGCUCCAAUCCGUAACGACUACAAUAGUGAUGUGUCUGCUUCUAGAAGGUUCUCGAUUGGGCCAAGCUCAUACAAUAAUUUGCCCGAGUACCCGUUCGAGAUGGGAACUGGUAAUGUCGAAAAUGGCUUUGUGCGGAUGGAAGAUUCUGGGAUUAUGGAAAUUGAAGAGAGCAAAAAUAUUAGUCCAAAGAAGAAAAAGCGUAGGUUGGAACAAGGUGUGGAGGGUGAAGGUGCUUGUAAGAGAUGCAACUGCAAGAAAUCGAAAUGUUUAAAGCUUUACUGUGAAUGCUUUGCCGCCGGUGUCUACUGUGUGGAGCCAUGCGCGUGUAUAGAUUGCUUCAACAAACCUGUUCAUGAAGACACAGUUCUUGCAACUCGGAAGCAGAUCGAGUCAAGAAAUCCUCUUGCAUUUGCUCCUAAAGUGAUUAGGGGCUCGGAUUCUGUAACAGAAAUCGGGGAUGAUUUCAGCAAGACUCCUGCUUCUUCUCGGCAUAAAAGAGGUUGCAACUGCAAGAAAUCUGGCUGCCUCAAGAAAUAUUGUGAAUGUUAUCAGGGUGGUGUUGGAUGCUCCAUUAACUGCAGAUGUGAAGGAUGCAAAAAUGCAUUUGGCAGAAAGGAUGGUUCUGGUGCGUCGAGCAUAGAUCAUGAGUACGAAGAAAACGAGACAUUUACAACCGAGAAUGCUGAGCUCAACAGAAGCUUCCGUAAAGCUACAAUCCACGAUAACAUUGAGCCAAGUUCAACAAGCUUCUUCCCGCCAAAGUUCAACCACUCUUCUCAAGCAGUCAAGGAAGAUGAAAUAAUGCCCGAGUUUCUUCUAGAAGGAUCUCCGAAAGGCGGCAUAAAAUCUUCUUCAUCUCCCAACGGGAAAAGGGUUUCGCCACCUCAGCAGCGAGUGGAGAGGUCUUCUUCUCCUGGUCUAAGGAGCAGCCGGAAGCUGAUACUUCAAUCUAUUCCGUCUUUUCCGUCUCUAGCAAAUAAUCAGUGA